AUGGAACCGGACUGGCAGCAGCAGUUCGAGAAUGUUGAGGCCUACGAUAUGAUCGAAAGCCUCAAAAGUAUGUUCCAGGCUCAGGCAAAGACCGAGAGGUAUCAAGUCUCUCAAGCUUUGCUUGGCUGUAAGCUCAAAGAUGGCGAUCCACUGAGUCCGCACGUGAUCAAGAUGACUGGUUACGUGCAGUCUUUGGAUAGGCUGGGUUUUCCCAUAAGCGAUGAGUUCGCUACAGAUAUAGUUCUGAACUCUCUUCCUAGUGCAUAUGCUCCGUUCAUCUCGAACUAUCACAUGCAUGGUAUGGAUAAGAAGCUCACUGAACUACAUGGGAUGCUCAAGACAGCAGAGGCUGACCUCAAGAAAGGCACCAGUCAAGUGUUGAUGGUGCAGAAUAAGGCUAAGUUCAAGAAGGGUUCUUGGACUAAGAAGAAGAAGGCUAAGUCAGGAGGCAAAACUCAGGACUCUGUCCCGAGCGCUGCCUCAGGGACUAAGCCAUCUCCUGCAGCUGGAUCCACUUGCUUCUAUUGCAAGACGGAUGGGCACUGGAAGAGGAACUGCAGCAAGUUUUUGGCUGACAAAGCCAAGAGUGGAAGUGGGACUUCUAACUCAGGGGCUGGUAAGAACUAGGAGCGUGGCAAGAGGCGAGGUUGAUAUUCGAGUCGGCAACAAAGC